AUUUCAUAUUGAAAGAGUGAGACUUCGCAGUCAUAGUCACAGUCAAACAAACCAUUCCCAAACAGAUAGGUGAAUGGUGAAUAGUCUGAUUUGCCUUCAAAGAAGUCAUACGAAGAUUCAGAUUCAGAGAGAUUUAUUCAUCAGACCUUUUAUGAGGCAAGCUAACAAUGAACCAGAGAAUACAAUGAAGCCAGGGAAUCACCAGAGAAUACAAUGAAGAGGGUCACCGGAGAUAUACAGUAUGUUUCAAUAGGCCCCUCCACUUUGUGCCAUGCCAAAAUGCUCUUCAUACAGCAGCAUCAGUUUUAGGGUGAGCCACGGUCAAGUCAGCAGCUGAUCUCGAGACCCCCAUCGUAGCUGGAUCUACCAGCAGCUUCUGGCAGGCCAGGCAUGCCCAUCAGUGGCCUUGGACUGGAAAAUGGUCAAGAAGUCCCUUGUUGCUGGACUGGUGGUCUUACUGGUGGCUGCAGUGGGGUUCUUCUUGGGCGUUUUUUUGGGGGUGGGGAACAAGCGGCCGACAGGCCCCUUGGACCAUUUCUACUCCAAGGCAGCAGUGGCCGCAGACGCGGGGAAGUGCUCGGAAAUCGGGAGGGACAUCCUGAAGCGUAACGGCUCGGCGGUGGAUGCCUCGAUCGCUGCCCUGCUCUGUGUGGGACUUCUUAAUGCACACAGCAUGGGUAUCGGAGGCGGCCUCUUCUUCACCAUCUACAAUGCAUCCACGGGAAAGGUGGAGACCAUUGAUGCAAGGGAAACUGCACCCAUGAAUGCAACAGAGGACAUGUUCGGUAACAACACCCAGUUGUCUCGUAAAGGUGGACUUUCCAUUGCCAUACCUGGGGAGAUCCGGGGCUAUGAGAUGGCCCACCGGCGGCAUGGACGGCUGCCCUGGCGGGAACUGUUUGAGCCCAGCAUCGCGUUGGCACGUUACGGCUUCCCUGUGGGCACAGCCCUGGCCAACGCCAUCGCCAAGAACGGGGACUCCAUUCAGAGUGAUGUGGCAUUGUGUGAAGUGUUUUGUGACUCACAACAAAACCUCCUGAAAGAAAAUGAUAUCAUAAAAUUUCCUAAGCUCGCCGACACCUAUGAAAGGAUAGCUGAAGAGGGUCCUGAUGUCUUCUACAAUGGCUCCAUGGCUCAGAGCAUAGUGGACGACAUUCAGACUGCAGGUGGGAUCAUCACUCUAGAGGAUCUGCUGGAGUACCAACCGGUGCUGAACGAGAGUCCCCUGAGGCUGAGUGUGGGCGAGUACACCAUGCAUGUCCCCGACGCGCCCUCCAGUGGCCCUGUGCUGGCCCUCAUACUCAACAUCGUAGACGGUUACAACUUCUCAGAUACGAGCGUCUCCACAUCUGAGAAGAAGACCCUGACCUACCACCGCAUUGUGGAGGCUUUCCGCUUUGCCUAUGCCAAAAGAAGCAGGCUUGGAGAUCCACGCUACCUCAAUAUCACUGAUCUUAUCCAUAACAUGACCUCAGACUACUUUGCAGACGGGAUCAGGAGUAAAAUCACAGACGACACCACUCACCCCGACAGCUACUAUGAGCCUGAGUAUUUUGUCCCUGACAACCACGGGACUGCACACCUCUCAGUUAUAGCUGAAGAUGGCAGUGCAGUAGCUGCCACCAGCACCAUCAACCUAUACUUUGGCUCCAAGGUUAUGUCCAGGUCGACUGGAAUCAUCUUCAACGAUGAGAUGGAUGACUUCAGCUCCCCGCAUAUGACCAAUGGCUUUGGUGUCCCUCCCUCUCCCAGUAACUUCAUUCAGCCAGGCAAAAGGCCUCUGUCUUCAAUGUGUCCCACAAUCAUCUUUGACAAACACAACAAAGUCAAAAUGGUAGUUGGAGCCUCUGGUGGGACAAAGAUCACAACAGCAACUGCCCUGGUAAUUCUGAAUUCUUUGUUUUUUAACUAUGACCUGAAAAAAGCUGUUACAGAGCCGAGAGUUCAUAACCAACUCAACCCUAAUAUGACAGUGGUGGAACAGAACUUUGAGAAGAGUGUUCUUGAUGGACUGGCCCAGAAGAACCAUGUGACCGAGUUGCUCAGGACUCCGGGGGCAGUGGUCCAAGCCGUGGUACGUCAGGGAGACCGGAUCUGUGCAGAGUCCGACCCCAGGAAAGGUGGCUAUCCGGCCGGCUACUGAUACCGCUCCUCCCCCCUCUCGUCACUUUUUUUUUUUUUUCUUACUAUCUCAAUCGGCCUAGCCCAGCACCUCAGAGAGGAGAACAAUAUCUCAAAUGGAAUUUGGGCCAGGGAUGACAUUUCCAAACACCUUCAGGGGAGGAUGAUGAAUCAGCCUUUUUAAACUCUGCAUCUGCGAGUCUCCUCAUCAUUUGAAUCUAAUUUGUUUUGCUCCUAAUGUUAGGAAAUCAGCAAUGGCCUUU